AUACAUAAUAACAAAUAAUAAGUUAACUUUUCUUAAAUUUGUAGGACAUACAAUGUUAUUGACAGGUAUUGAUUAUACUCCCAGUAUUCAAAUUGAUAAUUUUACAAUUACACUUGAAAUAUAUGAUAAUUUAUCACCGGAAAUUAAAAAAUUGGCUGAAACAGAACUAAGAGAAACGCCUGAAAACAAGAAAAAUGGUAUAGAUAAACUGAGACAACUUCUUGAGCAGGAUAAAAGCUUAAAAACUCCAUUGUUCAACGAUGCUUGGCUCAUUAGUUUCCUUCGACCGACAAAAUUCUACCCUGAUAGUGCAUAUAAGCUGAUAAAAAGCUAUUACCAGUUUAAAAUUAAGUAUUCAGACAUGUACAGAAAUUUAUUACCGAGAAAUCAAAAAAUGGUAUUUGACCAAAACAUUAUAACCGGCUUUCCAAAACGAGAUAAAAAAGGCUGCCGUAUAGUAGCUAUUGAAUUAGGAAAAAAAUGGAAACAUACAGUUUAUUCUUUAAACGAUUUAUUCAAAGGAAUGGCGUUAUUUAUGGACGCUGUCAUACUAGAACCAACAUCCCAAGUGGCUGGUAUUCAAGUCAUAAUAGACAUGGAUGAUUUAUCUGUGAAACAAGCUUUUCAUUUCACACCUUCGUAUGCUAUGAUGGUUCUCGAUUGGAUUCAAAACAGUGUUCCAAUGAGAACCAAAGCCAUUCAUAUUAUAAACCAACCAUUCAUAUUUGAUAUUGUUUACAAAAUGUUUAAACCAUUUUUUAAACGAAAAUUACAGUCUAGAAUUUUUUUUCAUGGUACAGAUUUUAAAUCUCUUCACGAGCAUAUUCCCCAGUCAUGUCUUCCUGAAAGAUACAAUGGAUCCUUAGAAUUACCUGAGCUAAAUGGCUCCAAAAUAUAUGAAUUACUGAUGACCAUUGAAAAAGAAUAUGAAGCAAUUAAUCAGUAUGGUUAUCAAAUGAUUCGUCAUUCAAGAUAUUAGCGAAUUUUUAACUUUUUGGAAAUUUCAAUUUAAAGUCUACAUAUGUCAGUGAAAUUUAAGUAUUAUAGUUGAUAAAUAAUUGAUGGCAAUGUAAUAGUAUAAUCUUAUGUAUGUAUCUAACAUUUGCAGAAACACCAGGCUUAG